GAGUACGUUCGGCAGCGGGGGGAGGGACAGAGGGAGAGAGAGAAUCCCAAGCAGGCUCGAUCUCACCACCCUGAGAUCCCGAGCCAAAAUCAAGAGUCAGAAGCUCAACCGACUGAGCCACCCAGGCGCCCCUUGGUUCCAACUUCUUAGGGUGCAUGCUUAGCUUGUUCUCUCUUUUCUUUGUGCAUUUGUGGAAACAAGUUCUCCCUAGACCUACUGCAAGCUGUGCUCCCAGGCUCUCCCUUUACCUUCAUCUGGGGAUGCCCUUUUGCCUCUCUUCUGGGCUAGACUUUUGUCUUUGAUCUGAUAGCUCCCUUUCUCUUUGUUCACCGCUUUAUUUUGGUGAAGCAAAUCCUCCGGUAGCUUCCUGAGAAGGGUUCCCGGACAUGUAUUUUUGUUUUUGCAAACUUGCGCCUCUCAACAGAAAGGUUUUAAGCAGGGGAGUUGAUAUGGUCUGAUUUAUGUUUGGAGCAAUCUCCCCAGCUACCGUGGAAAGGAUGGAGCCGGAAGAGCUAAACUAGGCCAGUGAGCCAAGUGCGGAGGCUGGAGCAGCUGUGCCUUUGAGGAGAGGUCCCAGCCUUCCAGAAACCCACAGCAUGGAGGGGAGAGAGGCCCUCACCCAGGUCAUUGUCAUUCGGCAAUGACAGGUGACAGGGGCAGCCAGAGGAGGCCUCAGGAGGAAGAGAUCCCAAAUAGCUUGGGAGGAUGCUGGACUAGCUCCUGGAAGGGGUGCCAAUCUGCCUCCGUCCUGGGAGCAGGAUUUCCACACAUGGACUUGGCUGGAACCAGCCGGCUUUUCCCAAGAGGUCCCCAGUAGCACAUGUAAAGACGGACGGCGUGGCGGUCUUAGGAGUCUGUUCAAAUAAACAUGCGUUGCACACCUCUGAUGGGUUAGGGCAUUCCUUCUCAAAUGUGCAUACAAAUCCCCUUGAGAGCUGUGGAAGUGUCCGUUCCGCACAAGAGACUUCAUUCCUAACACACUGCCGGGGUCUCCUGUUCCAGGCAGCUCAGUUACAGGAGCCAAGUGCCUGGUGCUGUUCUAAAAGCUGGGGAUCCUGCAGCGAAGUGAAAUAGGCAAAAAUACUGGUCCUGGGAGGGGAAACUGACAAGAAACUUUAUCAACAAAGUUUCUAGUACAUUAGAUAGGGAUAUGUGCUAAGGAAAAAAAUAAAUCGGGAAGAGAAAGGCCAUUGUCUGUGGCUCUUGGUGAGGGGGACUGCUCCUGUUUGAGGACCGAGUAAGAUGAUCUGCACAAAAGUGCCGCUCAGUGACUAAAGCUGCCAGCCACUUCAGGAACUCCUGCCACAAAGCUGGGUCUGAGGGCAAUCGCUUCGCCAUUCCAUGCCUCCACGUCCUUGAAAUGAGGUUAAGAUUAGCGAGAUGAUGUGACAAUUCAGUGAGUUAAUAUUUGUAAAAUGCCUCGAGCAAAGCCUGGCUCCCAACCAUGAUGCUCGGGUGUGAACUGCCUUUGUGAUCAGUUUCUCUCUUAAUAUAUUCAUGCGGGUCAUGAUGGUUUAUUUGGAUGUCUGCCCCGUUUCUCACGAGCUCCUCCUGGUGAGCUCAGUGUCAUCUCUGUGUGCCAGGCGACCAGCUCCGAGCCAGCAAGCAGGAGGACCUCAGACUGUCAGAUAAGGGGUGUAAACUGGAUUCUCGAAUGGUUGGGGGCAUCCCACCGAUUGUCGAUCAUGGGGUUCAGUUCCUUACUAAUUUUAUCUGUUCAGCCCACCUCUUACGGAGAGAUACAUUGCAGUUUCCCAUCACGGUUGUGGAUUUGCCAAAGUGCUUGCCAUUCUCUUGUUUUUUCCUUUAUACAUUUUGAGGCCAUUGUGUUAGCACGUAUGUUGAGAACUUUUGUAUAUAAUGGGUCAGUUUAUUUCGUUACCAUCUUUGUGCCUACUAAUACCUUUUGCUUUUGUCAGCUGUUACUUUUUUUUUUUAAGAUUUUAUUUUGAGGGAUACCUGGGUGGCUCAGUCAGUUAAGAGUCUGCCUUUGGCUCCAGUCAUGAUCCAGGGUCCUGGGAUCGAGUCCCACGUCAGGCUCCUUGCUCAGCAGGUAGCCUGCUUCUCCCUCUGCCUCUCCCCCUGCUUGUGCGCACUCCCUCUCUGACAAAUGAAUAAAUAAAAUAUUUUUUAAGGGACGCCUGGGUGGCUCAGUCGGUUAAGCGUCUGCCUUCGGCUCAGGUCAUGAUCCCAGCAUCCUGGGAUCGAGCCCCACAUUGGGCUCCUUGCCAGCAGGAAGCCUGCCACUCCCCCUACUUGUGCUUGUUCUCUCUCUCUCUCCCCCUGACAAAUAAAUAAAAUCUUAAAAAAAAAAAUUUAUUUUGAGUUAUCUUCAUACCCAACGUGGGGCUUGAACCGACAACCCCGAGGUCAAGAGUUGCAUCCUCUACCGACUGAGCCAGCCAAGCACCCCCCCUUAUUGUUUUUUUAAAUGAUAUUGUCUCUCUUCUAUUUAUCUUUUGGUUCAUAUUUGUCUGGUCUUUUUCCAUUUUUAAAAAAAAUUUUCAGUCUUUCUGGGUCAUGAUGUUUUACAAUAAACGGAUCUUCAUGGAGCAUUCUCUGAAAGCUGACCUAAUGGAGGGCCUCGUGGAGGGCUCAGUGUGGGGGAAGUUAGAAAAUUCUGCCCCGGUGACCUAGGACCCAGACAGAACCUGGGUGUGAAACAGAGUUUCACACCCAGGCCUCAUAAAGUUUAGGACUUGUUGUUCCAGGGGAGGGAGCUUUGAUUCAUCCAUUCAGUCCCAUGCUGGGCAGUGUGGCUGGGGGCACCAUGAUGACCCUGAUUGUUCUGGCCCUACUGGGUCCACUGUCCCAUAGAGGAGACCAGAUCCAUCCCUAGAACAGUGAUAACUGGAGUGGGCAGGGCUGGGACUUGGGAACCCAGACAGAGGUCCUCCUCUGGUCAGGUGGCAGGUUUCCAAGAAGGAAGCUUGGCCAAGCCCUUUCUGUUAAAGUUACAUUUGAGCAAAGACGCAAAUGAAAUAAGGCACUGAGCCAUGUGGAGAUCUGGGGGGAAAGCAUUCCAGUUAGUGGGAACAGCAAAUGCAAAGACCACAGAAGGGAAGAGCUUGGUGACUCUAGAGGAAUAAAAAGCCAGGAGGCCAAUGUGGGUGAGAGCCCAGAGGUGGAGUCUGACCCAGCCUAGGGGUUUCAGCUUCUUGGAGGGAAUGGCUGAGCUAGGACACCAGAGAAUAUAGCAAAGCAAUAAUAGAGCACAGCAGUCUUGAAUCAGAUUCCUGGAUUCACAUCCCUGCUCCAACUCACACCAGUUCUGUGUGGGCAACCUGUCCUGCUGGGUACCUGGGCUUUUUCCCAGGGGCACUGGGGAGUCAUGGUAGUUUUUGAACAGGGUAGGGACGGGGUCAGGUUUGUGCUAUAAGAAGACCCUUCUGGCCGUGACUUGCAGGAUGGUUGGAAGCAGGCAAGGCUGGGGCAGGGUGGUGGGGGGACAGGUGACCGCCUACAGUGGAGCCCCCUUUGGGUGUCUCUUGAAUGGGCCUGGCAUUGAAAGGAUCUAGACCAGCGCUGUUCAAUAGAAAUAUAAUGCGAGCCGUAUGUAUAGUUUAAAAUUUUAUAGUAGCCAAUCUUAAAUCAAGAGAUGAAGUUAAUUUUAAGUACUUUAUUUAACUAAAUUAUAUCCUAAGUAUUAUCAUUUUAACAGGUAAUUAAUAUUUAAAAAGCAUUAUCGGGGUAUUUGAUAUUCUUUUCUUGUACUAAGUCUGAGUCAGAUUUGGGGCGCUUGGUUGGACAGGUUGAACGGAAAGGUGCGUUUGGCCACACAGCCUGAUCCUUGAUGCCAAGCCCCGAGGCUGAACUCAGUGCCCAGGGAGUCGUCGCAGGGUUCGGCCAUUUGUUCUUCAAGGAUGAAGUGAUUCUGCUGCCCAGUUUCUCCCGCAGGGAAUCUCGGUCUUCAGGGUUUCCAGCCAAACCUGGGCGCUUAUCUUUCUGCCGGUUUCCUUCCGCCCUCGAGUCUCAAUCCCGGAGCUGCUUGGUCCUUUAAAUCUCAACUGUCAAUCAGGGCUCCUGUCUAGAGGGAACGUCGUGUAAUAAACCUCUCCUUGAAUACCUUGGCCUCUCUCCUGGUCUUGUUCCUCCGUUUUAGCAAGGAGUUGGGAAUUGUUCCUCGCUCUCUUACACUCCACUGUUUCCACACCCCCUUCACCUCUCGCCUACUCCUCCCUCUUUCGAAGUUAGGCCCCUUCGCCAAGGCAUUCCUUAUAUGGGCACGGCCCCGAACGGCAGCCGCUCAUUGGCUGGGGGCGUCACGCGCGGGUCUGUCAACAAAGGGGCGGAGAGAAACUAGUCGCGCGGCUGUCCGCGCGAAGUCUGGAGGGAAAGAGCGAGGGGGCGGGCCCUCUUCUCUUGUGCGCAUGCGUGUGUGCUGCGACCCUCUCCCGCCGCUGGGGGGGCGGGGCUCACCGGUGGCCCUUGGAACCUCCCCUGACCAUCCAGGUCCUGAAAUGCGGUGAAGCCCUGCCUGUCUGCUACCAUUCCCCAGGAUGGACCGAGGCAGCCUCCUGCCCUUCCAGCUGUGGUGCCCCCGGCCCUUCGGCACCUACUCACAGAACCAGCCUCGCCCGCCUACUGCAGCCCUCAAGCCGGCGGCCUGCCCAGAGCCCGGCAGCGGGGCUGAGCCAGACCACGGGCCUGCCCACUCCGAGAACACCCCGCCCACCUUGGCCACGGAGGCCCCUGCCUCCCAGCCGGCCCCGCUCCUCUCAGCAGCAGCUGCUGGUGAUGAGGGGCGAGUCCUGUUGGACACGUGGUACGUCAUCAAGCCCGGGAAUACAAAGGAGAAGGUGGCCUUCUUUGUGGCCCACCAGUGUGGUGGGGGCAGCCGGGCCAGCUCCAUGAAGGUCAAGGGGCACUGGGGCAGUGACAGCUCCAAGGCCAAGCGGAGGAGGCGCUGUCUUGAGCCUACAAAGGCUCCCCCGGACCCAGGAGGCCCAGAGGCGCCCCCUGCCUCUGAGGGGGCCCCAUCCUCAGCUGGUGAGGACGUAGACCUGCUCUCUGUGGCUGAGAUGGUGGCGCUGGUGGAACAGCGGGCCGCCCUGGCCCUGCAGAACUACCCACGCCCCGGCACCCCAGCGCCUGUGGUCUUCGUGUCAGCCGAGCAGGGCGGGCCUGCCAAGGGGCUGGGGUCCGAACGGCGGUCCGGUGGCGGCGACUGCAGCCGGGUAGCCGAGGCGGUGGCCCACUUCGAGGCCCAGCGGGACAGCCCUCCAGCCAAAGGCCUCCGCAAAGAGGAGCGGCCAGGGCCAGGCCCCGGGGAGGUACGCAUCGCCUUCCGUAUCUCCAAUGGCCGAGAGCCCCGCGCCCCCGACGGCAGCUUGCCCAACGGGGGCGGGGGCCGGCUGGGUUGUGCCUACCCGGGCAGCCCAGGCCCCGGGGCCCGGGCCAAGGACAAGAUCACCUGCGACCUGUACCAGCUCAUCAGCCCCUCCCGGGACGCCCUCCCCAGCAACGUGGAGUUCCUUCUGGCUCGGGCGGAUGAGGCCAGCGAGGGGGAGACGCAGGUCCCUGCCAGGCCUGAGGACACCCCCCCGGCCCCCCCUCCGCCCCCCGCCCGGGACUGCGGAGCAUCGGGCUUCCACGUGGAUGUGGUGGUGACGGGGGUGGUGGACGAGUGCGUCUUCUUCGGCAAGGACGGCACCAAGAACGUGAAAGAGGAGACGGUGUGCCUGACGGUCAGCCCCGAGGAGCCGCCCCCACCGGGCCAGCUCUUCUUCCUCCAGCCCCGCGGCCCAGACGGGCCCCCCGAGCCAGCCCCGGCCGACUCCCCGGCCGCCGCGCCAGGCCCGGACGAUGCCGAGGGCGCCGCGGACACGUCCCUGUGCCGCCUCUACCGGCACGUGUCCCACGACUUCCUGGAGAUCCGCUUCAAGAUCCAGCGGCUGCUGGAGCCGCGACAGUACAUGCUGCUGCUGCCCGAGCACGUGCUGGUGAAGAUCUUCAGCUUCCUGCCCACGCGGGCCCUGGCGGCCCUCAAGUGCACCUGCCACCACUUCAAGGGCAUCAUCGAGGCGUUCGGCGUGCGGGCCACGGACUCGCGCUGGAGCCGCGACCCGCUGUACCGCGAUGACCCUUGCAAGCAGUGCCGCAAGAGGUACGAGAAGGGGGACGUGUCGCUCUGCCGCUGGCACCCCAAGCCCUACCACCACGACCUGCCUUACGGACGUUCCUACUGGAUGUGCUGCCGCCGGGCCGACCGCGAGACGCCCGGCUGCCGCCUGGGUCUGCACGAUAACAACUGGGUGCUGCCCUGCAAUGGGCCGGGCGGCGGCGGCGGCGGCGGCGGCGGCGGCGGGGGCGGCGGGGGCCGGGCUGGCCGGGAGGAAGGGAGGUGAAGCCGGGGGAGGGGUGGGGAGAGCCCACCAUGCCCACCCCUCCCCCCUCCCCCCGGGAGCCGAGGGCCAGGACUGGGUCACCAGCCCGUACCCCCAGUCCAGGCGGCGUUGAUCCCCCUCCAGAACUGAGAUGGGGCUCAGGGGGAUGAUUGAGAAAGCACUCUGAUCGACUGACACCUAUUGGUUUUCUACUCUUCAGACCCAGGGCCGUGGACCCUCAAGUAGGGUGUUUUUUAUCAGCAUCUCAACUUCUCCGUUCAGUCCCAACCCCCUCCCUGCCACUCUACACCCCAGGGACCCACCAGCAGGGAGCAGAAGGCAGCUAAUUUUGGUACUCCACAAGGGUUCCCCCAUUCUGGCGCCCCCCCCCCCAGUUUUUUGUCUCUAGAGCUGUGUUCUCCUGAGAGGCUGCAGGGCACAAGGUUGGUACCUCUUCUGACCUACCACACCGGGGCUCACCUCCUCUUAAGGAAUUGUCAGCCAGUGAGAUCACAGAUCAGAUGUGGCACUUUUCGUGGCAGCCUGCCAUUUCUAGACGUUUUCCCCCAUUAAAACAAUAAAAAUCACUGUUUUCUCCGUAACCUAAAGCUACCGGUCUUUUCACUUCCCCCAAAGGGGAAGAGAAAAAAAAAGUUGAAGUAUAAAGAUUCCCCUCCUCCCAUUAUUGAAGCUAUUGCCAUCACUUCUCCCCCCCCCCAAAAAAAAAAAAAGCUGUGAAGCCCUUUGCCUCGCUCUUGACAGCGUGGGGGGCCGGUGGGCAGGGACUGUGGCUUUGAAUUUCUGGAUUGUUUUUCCUUCCACUCUGGGUAAUCGUUCAGGCGUUGGGGCCUGUCUAGCCCCAGCCAUAUGUGUUUCUUUAGAAUCCUUUGGUCAACAGAGACCUUGAUUUUCAAGCAGGUUGGUCUGGGGUAUUUUCGUUUGUUCCAUUUGGGGUUUUUUGUUUUUUUUGUUUUUUCACCCUUGUGGUUCUGGAAGCUUCUGGUGUGUGGCAUCUGACCAGUUUUGAAUUGGUCCUUUCUAUAAAAUCAAUAUUUAUAAGG